AUGGGCGAGAAAAUGGAAUCGUGCCUGGCCGGCGCUGCGUUAUUUGCGGCGUUCUUGGAGAUUGCGUUUACUAUCGCUUCAUUCGGCCAAAUGCCGGGCGGCAUCUCGAUGAACUUCUCGAUGAUGAACAGCUACACGCAUGUGUUGUUCCUGGCGAUUGCACAUGUGCUGACCGGAAGAGCCGUCCUCGCCUACCGUGUCGGUCGCGAAGACACCACGAUGAGCAUGGUCAAUGACCACGCUUCCCGCCACACCCUUGCCAUCCUGUGCAUUAUCGUCUCCUACGUUGCUCUCGGCCAUGCGGGCUUCCGCGACUCCCCGCCCAGCUACAUGAUGCUCAUCGUCCAGGGCCUGUACUUCAUCAUGUAUCUUGGCACCGCAGUCCUCUCCUAUUUCCCGAAGCUGUUCUCCGACCAUUUGCUCUCUAAUGGCGUCAAGGCGCAUAUUCAGAUUGGCCGUAUUUUCUGGCUGCUUCACUCGCUCCAGGUGCUCUACUCGAUGUACUACUUUGGACGUAAUGCUGGAAACUUCGGCUGCAUUAUCUUCUGCUCGCACAACUACGAGACGUACUUCCACAUGGCUCUCCUCUUCACCAUCUUGGCCACGGCCCUCAUCUACUACACCCUGGUCCACCGCCCCGCCCCCCGUGUCCACCUCAAGGAAUCGUGGGAGUACGGCAAAGGCCUGAUCCACACCGAGCACCAGAAUCUGGCCCGCGGAUCUCAC